AUGUCUGCCCCGAUCAUUGCGUGGACGGAUUCUAGUGUAACUUUACACUGGAUCCGCGGCCAUGCAUCUCAAUGGAAACCCUUCGUCGCCCAUCGAGUCUCCGAUAUCCAGGACGCGAUACCGGCGGACAACUGGCGGCACAUCCGUCCUUCAGACAAUCCAGCGGACUUGGCAACCCGAGGAAUGAGCCCAGCCGAGCUCAUCGACUCCGAUUUGUGGUGGCACGGGCCGAAAUGGCUGACUGACCAGCCUCAAUUCUGGCCGGCGACCUUUCCGGAGUCCAACGAGGGUAUAGAGGCAGAGAGAAGAGGAGCCAUGACACACGUCGUUGAAGGGAAACCUGAAGAAGACUUCCUGUCGCGCUUCUCCUCCCUCUCGCGCCUUUUAUCUGUUAUUGCUCAGUGUUUCAGGUUUGCCAGCCUAAGCCGAGGGCAGCCUUCCGAGAGGGGUUUUGUUAAAGCAGCGGAGCGCAAUCACGCCUUCCGAGCAGUUUUGAGAUUCUCCCAACACACCACUUUCCUGGAGGAGAUUGAACAACUGCAACGGCAUGGCGAGCUACGCAAAACUUCACCCCUUUCUUCGUGUCGACCUUUCUUGGACGACCAGGGCUUAUUGAGGCUAGGAGGGCGCUUAGAAAACGCGGCUCUGCCGUUCAAUGAAAAACACCCUUACCUUGUGGCGAAGAGAUGUCCGUUGGCCAAGCUUCUGGUACGAGACGCACAUCACCGCACGCUGCAUGGAGGUCCACAGCUCACCCGCAGUUAUUUAAUGCGGAGAGUCUGGAUCGUUCGAGGCCGCUCCUUGGUUCGAUCCGAAAUCGCAGCCUGCGUAACGUGCGCCCGGUUCAGCGGACGUAGAGCUGGACAACUGAUGGGACAGCUUCCACAGGAGCGCACUGCAGCACAAAGAGCCUUUCUAACAACCGGCGUAGAUUAUGCGGGCUCGAUUAAGCUACGUACCUCGCCGGGGCGUGGCCACAAAGCUUACAAGGGCUACAUUGCCCUCUUCGUGUGCCUAUCUACCAGGGCAAUACAUUUGGAAGCGGUGUCGGACCUAACCUCAGCUUCCUUUCUAGCAGCCUUCCGUCGAUUUGUGGGCAGGCGAGGACGUUGUGCCACCCUGUUUAGCGACAAUGGCACUGUAUUCCAGGGAGCUGACAGAGAGCUACGCACUAUGUUCCGCCAGUCUACUUCAUUCUACCAGGAGGCAGCCGCGUCACUGGCAUUAGAAGGCACCUGCUGGCAGUUUAUCCCCCCUUAUGCGCCGCAUUUUGGUGGCCUGUGGGAGGCAGGAGUAAAAUCCGUAAAGUACCAUUUACGAAGAGUGAUCGGUGAUUCCACACUUACCUUCGAGGAACUGACAACUCUCCUCUGUCAGAUAGAGGCGUGCCUCAACUCGAGGCCACUUUACGCAUUAUCUGAAGAUCCUUCUGAGCUGGCCGCCUUGACACCGGGUCACUUCUUGAUAGGGGAACCAACCACUGUCCCCCCAGAGCCAGAAGAACCCUGCACUGCACUUCACACACGCUGGCGGUUAAUCUCACAAAUGCGAGCACAAUUCUGGAAAAGAUGGAGACGCGAAUACUUACAGCAUCUCCAACAGUUUCCGAAAUGGCGUCGUUACCGGGAGAACUUAGAAAUCGGCAGCCUAGCGCUUAUACGGGACGACUUACAACCACCAGCAAAAUGGUCGAUGGGACGCGUCACAGAGCUACACCCUGGACCUGAUGGACGCGUUAGAGUGGUAACUCUACGCACCGAAAAGGGCACUAUUAAGAGGCCGAUCGUAAAGUUGUGCCCUCUACCAGUAUCGCCAACCGACGCCUCUUAG